AUGCUCUCGAACAAAUUGGCUAUCGCCAGCUUAUCUCUGGGCCAACAUCCUUCUCACCACCUGGACCACAAAAUCCAGGCUGCGGCAGAAGCCGGAUACAAAGGCAUUGAAAUUGUCUAUUUCGAGUUGGAAGCAUUUUCCCAAGCUCAACACAUUUCGAUUCUCGAGGGCGCUGAGCAGAUCCGCUUGAUAUGCCAAAAACUCAACUUAGACAUUCUCUCUUUGGCCCCCUUCGAGAAUUACGAAGGAGACAGAUCGCCACUUAGUGACAGAUUACAGAACGCCAGACAUUGGGUUAGGGUCGCUAGAGUCCUUAACGCGUCAUAUUUGCAGGUUCCUUCAAAUUACAAACCAGACGCUAUCGGCGACAAAGACGUGGUCAUCAGUGAGCUAAAGCAGUUGGCUGAUAUCGGAAGCGCGGAGCAGCCGGUUGUAUCAAUUGCAUAUGAGUAUUUGUCCUGGGGAACACACUGUUCCACAUGGGAGGUCGCUUUGCAAUAUGUCAACGAAGUCAAUCGCCCAAACUUCGGGCUAUGUCUAGAUACGUUUCAUGAAGCUACGAAGCUAUGGGCUGACCCUUUCGCCGCGUCGGGGCGCUUUCCUGACUCGGACAAAUCCCUUCGUGAAUCACUCAACCGCUUUGUUUCCAAGUGUCCCGUUGAGAAGAUAUUCUUUCUCCAGCUGUCUGAUGGCGAAAGAUUCGAUCCUCCCUUCUCCAAGGGUCACCCGUGGUAUGUCGAAGGGGAGGCGCCGCAAUUUACUUGGUCCAAACAUGCACGACCAUUUCCUUUGGAGCAUGACCAUGGCGCCUAUCUGCCUAUCACCGAAAUUGCCGAAGCUUGGAUCCUCGGGAUAGGUUUCAAAGGCUGGCUGUCGAUGGAGAUCUUUGACCGCGGCAUGAGGGAUAGGCGCAGUCAACCAGAGACUGCUGCAAUGAGGGGACUGAAAUCAUGGAGGACUCUACGAAGAGAGCUCGAGCCUGUAUCAAAAGUUUAG